ACUGAUAUUAAAAGUCAUUCCGAGAUACCGACGCCGUGGAAACAAUUGCAAGGAUGCUGCAGAACCUUCUUGUUGUGCAAAGUGCGUUUCUUUUCCUCAGCUGUGCGUUAGCAGAAGGAGACAAGCCGUGCAUCUACAAAGCUGUGGGUGACGAUGCUGAACUCCACCUGGGCUUCAAAGGUUUGGACGCCAGCAGCCAUCUGACCUGGUACCACAACCAAACAAGAGUGUACUAUCGGAAGAGUAGCACCUUGUUGGUGGAGGAGCAGGAAGUGGCGUCUGACGGAACCCUCACUCUGGAGAACAUACAGUUAAGCAACGCUGGCCAUUAUCGUGCUACUGUGUUUAACAAGAUGGGAGUUCAGCAACAUUCAGUCACUGUGAGCCUGUGUGUGCUGGAGCCCUUAUCCGAACCGUCAGUGACGCUCACGUGUGCUGAGACAGGCGUGACGCUCACGUGUGCUGAGGACGACCACUCAAACAUGUCCGUCUCCUGGAGCAAAAACAGAAUCCAAUGGAAGUCAGCCACGACGGCCAAAACACUGACUUUACACUCGUCUGUAAUUGGUGCUGGAGAAAACGUAUCGUGCACAGUGAGUAACAGAGUCAGUGCGAAGACCAGCAAGGAAGUGGCACUGCUGUGUCCAGACACAGGAGACCUCACCCCACAUCCUUCCACCCUCGGGGACACAGAGAUUGAACAGAGGGACCAGACUAGCAGCAGAGAUGCGGAGAAGCGGAGGCUCCUGUUCGGUAUGGAUUUCUGGACGAUUGUGGCCAUUGUAUCAGGAGGAGCCUUAGUUCUCCUGGUUCUCCUUGGCGUCUGCACGUGUGCCUGCUACAUCCACACACGCAAGCAUAGACGACAACGAGUGGAGGAGGAACACAGACUGGCCACUGUGAUGCCGUCGGACCAAGAAAAGCCACACAAAAGCAAAGCCCUGGCUCUGGGGUCUCUCCCUGCGUACCCACCCACUGAAGCCCCUCCUGGUCUGGGACACACAGUCCCAGGCAGUUGAAAUACGGGAAAGGAACUUUAUGUUCUGUACAUUAUCG